CGGGAGGCUAAACCGAACGGAUUCGGUCCUGAUUUGUGUACUCCGCACGUUCUAAGAGAUCGCAGAUCCACGCCGCCCCGGUGGGGGUGUCUCUUGAUACCUUGGCCAGGGAUUCUCUUAGCUGUGGCUCUCAAGUGUUUGGGGGUUUUGUGUGUGUAGCUGUCUGGCUGGCAGCUGGGGGUCCCUCGUCCCCGGUUCCUAGGCUCGCUCAGCUCCUUCGCCGAAGCCCAGCAGUGAGACAGGCGCGCCGCCAAUUCCGCAAAGGAUGGAGCAGACCGAGGUGCUAAAGCCGCGGACGCUCACCGACCUGAUCCGCAUCCUGCACCAGCUCUUCGCCAGCGAGGAGGUCAAUGUGGAGGAGGUGCAGGCCGUCAUGGAAGCCUACGAGAGCGACCCCGCCGAGUGGUCGGUGUACGCCAAGUACGACCAGUACAGGUACACCCGAAAUCUUGUGGAUCAAGGAAAUGGAAAAUUUAAUCUGAUGAUUCUAUGUUGGGGUGAAGGACAUGGCAGCAGUAUCCAUGACCACACCAACUCCCACUGCUUUCUGAAGAUGCUGCAGGGAAAUCUAAAGGAGACAUUAUUUGCCUGGCCUGACAAAAAGUCCAAUGAGAUGAUCAAGAAGUCUGAAAGAAUCUUGAGGGAAAACCAGUGUGCCUACAUCAACGAUUCCAUUGGCUUACAUCGAGUAGAAAAUAUUAGCCAUACAGAACCUGCCGUGAGUCUUCACUUGUACAGCCCACCUUUUGAUACAUGCCAAGCCUUUGAUCAAAGAACAGGAUAUAAAAACAAAGUCACCAUGACAUUCUAUAGCAAAUUUGGAAUCAGGACCCCAUUUGCAACUUCAGGAUCACUGGAGAACAACUAAGGAGCACCCAGCCCUCUACGAGCUGUGCAAAGUU